UUGCCAGGAAGCCGGCCUCCCGCCAAUCAGCGGUCUCGUCUGCGUGGGCGGGGCGCUGCCGCGGCGUCUCUGGUAACCGGUCUGCGCGUGGGAGCCGCGGCGGAGAGCGGGGCUCGGUCUGCGAGGUGGGGUCGCGCGGCGCGGAGCGGAAGGCCGACCCUGUCCUUUCGGGCGCGAGCCGGAUUGGGUGGCUGUCGGGGGGAGAGCUGGAGGGGGCGCGCAGAGCCUCCCUGGACGUUUGGGCUCAGUGUGUCUAUCUACGUGUUUUCCCUCAGCGCCUCGGCCGACCGGAGCAGACCACCGACUCUCUCGACGGAGGGAAAAUGACAGCUGGUUCAGUGUGUGUCCCCCAGAUCAUACCAUUGCGAGUGCCUCAGCCAGGAAAAGCCAACAAUGAAAUUAAUAACAAUACACUUUUGGAAAUGAAAUCUGACACCCCCGAUGUCAAUAUAUACUAUACCCUGGAUGGCAGCAAGCCUGAAUUUCUAAAGAAAAUUGGUUAUGGUGAAAAUAGUACAUUUAAGUAUACGAAACCUAUUACUCUACCGGAUGGAAAAAUACAAGUUAGAGCUAUUGCAGUCUCUAAAGACUGCAGAGAGAGUGGCGUCGUCACAAAGGUGUUUCAGGUGGGCCCAGGAGCACCACAUGCAGUCUCCUUGGAAGGCAGUGUGGACACUGUUUUCAGAGAGUCUUCAAAGGAGGAAUUGAAAAAUGGAUUUGUUGGAUCAAAACUAAGGAAGAAAUAUAAAAAUGUUGAAAAUAAACUGGGUUGGAAUGUUAACCUUAGAAAGUUUUCAGACCUCAAGGUGGGAGAAAGAACUGACCCUAAAACUCUGAAAGAUCUUCGCUUCUCACAGAGCCCUGUGCAAACUCCAGCUUACCGUGAAGAGGCAGGCUCUAGACUGCCCACCCACCAGUCCCAGUUUCCUAGUUUUGCACAAAUAACUGGCCAGAGGAGUUUGACAAGCACAGAGAUCACAAGAAUUCAAAGGGAGACAGACUUUCUUAAGUGUGCCCGUUGCCUUGCCACCCGCCCAGCUGAUCCUUUUGCUCGCUUCUGUCAAGAAUGUGGCUCUCCUGUCCCGCCCGUAUCUGGCUAUCGUCUCCCACCACCUGAAGGAGCACAGAUGGGUUUAUGUGCAGAGUGUGGGACCCUGGUGCCCAUGAACACACGCAUCUGCGUGGUGUGUGAGGCCCCUCUCGCUCUACAGCUGCAGCCACAGGCCAGCCUGCGCUUGAAGGAGAAAGUUAUCUGCCGCACCUGUGGCACAGGGAAUCCUGCUCACCUGAGCCACUGCGUCACCUGUGAGGGAGUCCUGCCUGCAUCAACACAGACCUUGUGCGGGGGAAAUAAAACCUCUCCUCCAUCCACUCAGAAAGGCGAGAACAUUUCCUGCUCCAAAUGUGGCCACCAGAAUCCCCAGAAAACUUUCUUCUGUGACUUGUGUGGAAUCACAUAUGGUAUUUCUACUUCCUACUCUGUUUGCCCUAAGUGUGGAGCAAGCAAUCACCCAUCUGCCCGAUUCUGUGGCUCCUGUGGUUUUUAUGUGAAGUGCCUGACAAGAUUUAGCAUGGACAACAAUCUGACUCAGGCUCCUGGAGAACUAGGCCCUUUAGCUGAGCCUAGAUUGGCCUGGCAGCCCCUAAGCAUUCCUUUGUCCAGACCUGAUGCUGAAACUAAGAAAGAUGUCGGCACACAGACUGCUGGCCUGUUCUAUCCAUCUGGCAAGGUACUAGCGAAAAAGGAAAUGGAAAUGACUUUUCAAAGGCAGAGGAAGGAGAAAAUGAGUGAUCACAAACCUCUCCUCACAGCUGUCAGUCCCGGAAGAGGAUACUGGAGAAAACAGUUGGAUCACAUCUCUGCUCACCUUCGGUCUUAUGCUCAGAACAACCCUGAAUUCCGUGCUGUGGUUGCAGAACCCAGGAUGGGAAAGCUCAUCUCUGCUACUGUCCAUCAAGAUGGCUAUGAAGUUAGCCUCAGACUGAAUUAUAUUCAAGUCUCAAACAAAAACCUUUACCUCAACAAAUCGACAAAUUUUAGCGACCAGUUUCUGAGCAGUGUUACCGAGGGGAGUGAUGGGCAGUUCGGCAGCAGGUCCAGCCUGGUGAGUGAUUACAGCCAGAGCAUGUCAGAUACCACUGAAAAACUCAAGAAGACAAAGCAUUUCAAGAUCAAAAACCUUCAUGAAAAGGAAAAACAGAUAACACCUGAGAACAGACUCCUGCUGAAGGAAGUUGGACCGACAGGAGAAGGAAGGAUCUCUGUCAUUGAACAGCUGCUAGAUGAAGGAGCAGAUCCCAACUGCAGUGAUGAUGACGAUAGACCUGUUAUAACUGUGGCUGUUGUGAAUAAACACCAUGAAGCUAUUCCUGUUCUUAUGCAGAGAGGAGCAGACAUUGACCAGCAGUGGGGCCCCCUUCAAAAUACAGCCCUUCAUGAAGCAACUCUGCUUGGCCUGGCAGGAAAAGAGUGUAUUGCUGCUUUGCUUCGAUACGAUGCAGACAUCCACAAGAAGAACUUGAGGGGCGAGACAGCAUAUGACCUGGCUCUGGAACUUGGGGAUGAGCUCAUCACCUCGCUCUUUGCUGCCACAAGCCUGGAUGACUGUGAGAUAAGAGUCCUUUAGUGGGGCUUCUGGUCUUCAAGUGUAAAGAAACUGUGCUUCUUUUUUGUUUCGUUUUGUUUCUGGAAUGUGUGUUUGAGAUUUGGAAAUUGAGACUGAGAGGAAUUCAUAUGAUAUUUAAAAGUAUCUGACGGAGGCUGAAGUGAUAACACAGCGGGUAGGGCAUUUGUCUUGCAUGCGGUUGACCUGGGUUCGAUUCCCAGCAUUCCAUAUGGUCCCCUGAGCACUGCCAGGAGUAAUUCCUGGGUGCAAAGCCAGGAAUAACCCCUGUGCAUUGCUGCUUGUGACCCAAAAGGAAAAAAGUAUCUGACAGUGUAAGCCAUGAAUACCACAAGGGCUUUUGACACUGUUAAAAUGAAUGUAAUGCUUUUUUUGAUUGUUUAUUGCUGGUUUUUAAUUUAUUUGUAAUAGGGAAUCAUUAUGAUUGGUCUAGAGGUAAAAGGCAUAAAGUAUUAAGUAGAGAAAAGACUCCCUCCUGUUCCUGUUCAACAGCCCUCUCUCAGUGUCAUCUGUGUGUAGAAAUAACACUGGAGUAUGUGAGCACAUGUAUAUAAUUGAUGUCACUAUCACUAUCUUUAUCAUCCAUUCAUCAUCAAUUUGCUUGAGCGGGCCCAGUAACCUCUCCAUUCAUCCUAGCCCUGAGAUUUUAGCAGCCUCUCUUUACUUGUCCUUCCCAAUGGUGCCACAUUAGAGGGUCUUUCAGGGUCAGGAGAAUGAGACCCAUCAUUGUUACAGUAUUUGGCAUAUGAAUACACCAUGGGCAGCUUGCCAGGCUCUCCUGUGUGGGCAGGAAACUCUCUGUAGCUUGCCAGGUUCUCUGAGAAGGAGAACUAGGCCAUAAGAUGUCACGCAGCUGUGAAGCUUGGUUUUAUAGUCUCUGGAUGUUGGCCAUUGAUGGGAUUACAUGGUGCCAGGGGAAAUUUGUGGAUGUGACUGCCUAGCUACUAGAAAAUGGAUCUGGGCAGAAGAGGCCCAGUCCCGAUCUGAGCAGGCUUGGAGAUCUCAGCACACCUGGAUUCCUCUGCCGGUUCCUUCAUGUGUGAGGCUUGUCCAAGCAUGUGGAGAGUGGCCUUGAGCAUGGCUGUGGCUGAGUUCCGGAGGUCUUCAGCUGCCAGGGCUCUGCUCGGGGCAGAGCGGGAGACUCAACCCACCGCCUCCAAGGGUCCCCAGUGAAAAACAGCCAGGCACGGGGGCAAGAGACUCUGCCAUAUAAUUGAUGUAUGAAUACAUAUAUAGUUACCAUCUAAUAGAAGUACAGAUAAGUCAUAUAUUUUCAUCCUUUAUUUUUUAAAAAAUAUUUUUUGGGGGGUCACACCCAGUGAUGAUAAGGGGUUACUUCUGGCUUUGCACUCAGGAAUUACUCCUGGUGGUACUUGAGGGACCAUAUGGGAUGCCGAGGAUCGAACCCAGGUCGGCCAUGUGCAAGGCGAACACCCUACCCACUGUAUUAUCGCUUUAGCCCCUCAUCCUUUAUUCUAAGACAAGUAGUAGCUAAAAACAAAACAAAACAAAACAACACUGUAGUGCAUCUUCUUCUGCUUAAUAUAUUUGUGCUUCCAAAUUGGUAUAUAAAGCUUGAGCUUUUUUUUUAAACACUUUUUACUUUUUUUCUUAUGUUGCACUCAUUAAUAUUCUAUUUUUCUAUUCUUUUUGUUCCUUGGUUGAUAAAUAAGCUUUGAAUAAAACAUUUUCAGAAA